AUGGCGGUUUCGUCUAUCCAGAAUGCCGCUCCCGCGCGGCGGGCCCCUCGUACCUCCUUUCCGUCCGUCGCGGCGAUCUUCGCCGUUGUCUCCGUGAUGCUCCUCGCUGCUAUCACCCACCUUCCGCUAACCGUGCGCGCGGAUAACGUUCCGCCCGCCGUCGUUCCCCCCGCCGCCGUUGUUCCCCCCGCCACCGUCGUCCCGCCCGCCGUCGUCCCGCCUGCCGUCGUUCCCCCCGUCGUCGUUCCCCCCGCCGCCGUCGUUCCGCCCACCGCGCCGUUCGCGCAAGCCGCCCCGGGCACGCUCCUGGCGUUCUACAACCGCCAGUACUUCGCCAACUCGCCGAAAUCCCUCCCGUUUGUCGCGAUUCGCCCCAACCCGGCUGUAGCGUGCUACGACCUGCCGCCGGAUUUCGCGCGCAGCGUGGGCUCGGCGCGCGUAUGGUGGAACACGAAGGAUAACCAGCCGGAGCAUAUUAACUGCGGGACGGUGUGGUUCUUUCCCGGUUAUGGCUGCAUGGGCGCUGCGACUGGGAUUCGCAGGCCUGGGAGCUUGAAUACCACCGCCCCCAGAUACAACGCGUACAGCAAGCUGCCAGCACAGAUGGCCACAGCUGCUUCCGUCGGCUGCUCUUUCUUCCCCGACCCGUGUGCGGUCAUUGCAUGUGCCGAUCCCAACGCUAUGUGCAAGUCAAACAAGGGCACAACUCACCUUUGCCGCUGCCAGCCAGGCUUCACCAGUAUCAACGGCACGUGCACUGACGUGUGUACGCAGAAGCAGUGUCCUCUCAACUCCACCUGCAUCCCCCGGGGCAGCCUCGCCACCUGCCGCUGCGACCCGGGCUUUGACCGGCAGGAGGACGGCACGUGCUCGCCCACGCCAGCCAACAAGGAAUGGUUGCAGCCUCACAACGAGGCACGCGCUGAAGUUGGCUCACCGUUAUUGAUCUGGAACGAAACACUGGCAGCAGCAGCCCUGACCUGGGCGCAGCAGCUAGUGAACUCCACGGCAGCCUGUUUCAACACCACACUAGAAUCCUCCUCCUCACUGCCCUACGGCCAGAACACACUCGCAGCAGUUAACACCUCUCCUUCUGAAGCCGUGCAGAUAUGGACGGACGAGGCCGCCCGGUACUCGCGCUCGCCGUACCCCUUUGGGUGCAACGGGUUACAGCUGAGGAACUGCGUGCACUUCAUUCGGGCUGUGUGGAACACCACUCUCAGCGUGGGCUGUGCUGUUGUACCCUGCAAGAACAACUGGCAGACCUUUGUCUGCAAUUACUACCCCAAGGGGGCUAUUCCCGGAGCAUACCCUUACUAA